UUUCUCUCUCUCCAUCUCGCAUUCUCUCACGAACCUCUCUUUCUCUCUCUUCUUUUUUGUUUUCGUUCUUUCUCUUCUUUAUGUUUCUUUUUUCUCUUCUUUCUAUUUUUGAUUUCUUUUCUUUUCAAAUCUCACCCCUUUUCUUUUUAAUUGUGUAGGUCUAGACCGAAAAGGAAAUAUAAGCAAAGAGCUUUGGGCACUCUGCCUUCAAAUCCAAGCUCGGAUCAAAAGAUUUCAAAGAUAAGUCCUAUUAUUGGUUCCUUUUCUUUUGAUUUUUUUUUUUUGAUUGUUUUCUUGAAUUUUCUUGGCAAUUUUCCCAUAAGCCAAACGGGUUGAGAUUUGUCUGACUUGGGUUCUAACCCAGGUUAGGUGGCUAGCUAGGUUAGGUUAUGUUUAGGGUUUGAUUGGGCUUAGUCUGGGUAGGCUAAGCUAAGGUUGGGCUAGUUUGGAUUUGGGCUAUGGUAGAAUUGGGCCAGGAGCAUGGGUUGUUGGGCUUAGUAGGUUGGGCUGGGGGACAAUUGGGCUUUGGGUUUGAAUUUAAUUAAAUGGACUUGAAUUUAGUUAAUGGGGUUUGGCCAAUUGGGUUGAGCCCAAUAGGCUCAAACUGGAAUACAAGUUUAUGGGUUUUAGUCCAUUUAAGCUUGGGAUUAGGUUAAAGGUCAAUGGUCCUAGGUCCAAGUUAGACCUGGGUCUUAGAUCUUCGAGUCAGAUAAUUAGGAUUCAGGUCAAAUUGACUAGGGUUUGGGUUAUUGGAUUUGGAUAUGGGUAUAGGUAUUCGGGUCUGGGUAUCCUGGUCAAGUUGACUCAGUUCCUAGGUUGGGUCUCAAAUCCGAGAUAUUGAACCCGAAUGUAGAUAAUCAAAUCUGGAUUACAGACUCUUUUUUACAUUCAAAUCUCAAAAAUUUAAAUUUUAAAUUUUUAUAAUUUUAAUUAUUAAAGAAGCAAACAGAACUUAAACAAAAAUAAAGAAAAUCAACAUUUGUCUUUUAACUCAUCCAAUCUUUAAGUGGGCUGCUUUGAAUCCCCACUGCCAAUUUCUCUAUUGCUUCUGCAAUUCAUGUUUUUUGAUCUUCUAUCUUCCUUUACCUUCUCAAUUUCAAGCAUUUAAACUCUUUUACAAUUCUUAAGCAAUCCCUCUCUUUGUCUCAUUGUGUGUUUGAAUUUCAAUAUCUGUUUGUCCUUCUCACUCUAAAAAAUUCUCUAUUUAUAAGUUUAAAGAUUCAUUCAAUUCAAUACUGAUUAAAUCAAGCAGCACUAAAUUUAAUCAAUCAAAUUUAUUUCAAUUUUUCCACAUUUCUCAUAUAUCGAUCUAAUUGUUAGAUUUUCUUUUGCAAGUUUGAAUUUGAAGCUGAAAAUGUUGGUGACUUCUUUUAUUUCAUUGUUUCAAUUUUUGGUUAUUUUCAUAAUUUUUUCCUAAAUUUUCGCAUUUUAUGGAAUAAAAAUUUUGCCAAAUUUUUGUUGUAUUAGCUCCAAACAAAAUGGGUUGUCUACAUUCCUUAUAACAAAUCAUAAAACUUUUUGUGUAAUCAUUUAUUUUGUGAUAGUAAUAUAUAUAUAUAUAUAUAUAUAUAUAUAAAUAUAUAUAAUUAUUCUAUUAUUAGGAAUAAAUAUUAUGCGAGCCAAAUAUAAUUUAAAAAUAAUGAAUUUAUAGAAGGCCCACGUAAUCUAUUGUAUAUUUCAAAUGAACAUAGUAAGUGAUGGGCCUAGCCCAUGGUUUGACAACCACCCUAUGCCUAAAUAAGAUUUAUAUAGCAUAUCAAUUAAUUUCUAAAAGAAAAAAAAAAUACUAAAGCAUUACAUAGAAAAAAAUAACAUAUAAUAGAAUAGAUAAGAUUUAAAGAAAUCAUAUACAGUAAUGUACUAUUAUUGUUUAAUAUCUAUCAUUAGCGUAGUACUUAAAUAUAAUAAAAUAUUAUAUUUAAUAAUUUGUGUGUACAUAUAUAAUACUUUCAUCUUGAAAUAUUAAAAAAUUAUUAUUAAAAACAGUAUACAAAAUAAUAGAAUUAUAUAUGCCAAUGGAUCAUAAAAUAAUAGAUUAUUAUAUUGCUACUAUGAAAAUAUAAAUUUAUUCAUCCACAAAAAAAUAAUUUAUACAACAAUUUUGUCCAACUCAAGAUUUCAGAAAGUAUUUGUGGACUGGAAUAAUUUGAAUUUUAAUUAAAAUACUAACUAAAAAUAUAAGAAGGAUCACACCCAGUAGGUCAAGAAAUGAAAGUAUUUGCCCCCACGGGCAUGGUACGGUGGAAAGGCAUCAACAAGUAAGAAGGAGCAUCGAGAGUUUAAUUUCAGGUAAAUAUACUCACAGAGCCAGCGGUACCUAUGGAUGGUGAGAGUUUACCCUAUGAGCCAAUGAGGAUCGUGGAUGGUGAGAGUUCAUUCUGUGAGCCAGCGGGGACCGUGAAUGGUAAUGAAGAUGUAUCCCGGGAGUCGGGUUGGCCUAACGUCCAACUGUUAUACAAAAGCCGUGUCUGUAUGCUGAAUUUUACCCUGAUCAGUGAAACUUAGGGGCGGAGGAUGUUGAUCCGUAGGUUUUGCGCCACACCAAGGGGUCCAAAUGGCUCGUUGAUGGCUGGAGUUCUUAUGUAAUAAAAAAAAAAAAUAAAAUGAAAGCAUUCAAUUAUUUGAAGUAAAAAAUCUGAUUAAUAUAAAUGAUAUAUAUAUAUAUAUAUAUAUAUAUUCAACUAUAAAAGAUUGUAGUUAAAUAAAAAUAUUUGCAUUUGAAAUAUUUGUCUUGAUAAUAAACUUUGUUGGUACAUUUAUUGUUUGAUAAUAUUAUUUAAUAUAUUUUGAAGUAAUGGACAGACAAAUUUAUUUAGCAAUAUAUUAAAAUACUAAUAUAUUUUGUUAAUAUAAAUAAUGAGCUGUACUUUAUGCGUUUUAUUAGUUUUAAAAUAUAAAAUUUUUGAAUUCCUAAAUUUAAUUUAUAAGAUAUUUUAGGACAAAAAUGACGACAUAAAAAUAAAAAUGAAAACAAAAUUAAAGAAAAGAAAAGAAUAUCCGAAUUUUUUCAGAACAGAGGUAGAGGUAUGCUAUUGCCAUAGCCUAUAGAUUCUGCAAUUGGAAAAAAUGGCGACAUUUUCCAUGGCAUUGUCGCUCUCUUUCCCCACUCUUACCUCUUCAACUCUCCCCCGAUUCAACCGAUCGUCAGGUAUGGCUUUUGCAAGCGUAGGCAAAGAGAGUAGUACUUGUUUGGGUGUGCGGGUGACUGAAGGGGUCGGGAAGUUACCAAAGGUUGUGCUCACUUCUGCUCACGGUAGUGAGGCUGAGAUAUAUUUAUUUGGAGGAUGCAUUACAUCUUGGAAACUUUCAAAUGGGAAUGACCUUCUUUUUGUUCGCCCUGAUGCUGUGUUCAACGGACAGAAACCUAUCAGUGGAGGCAUUCCACAUUGUUUCCCACAGUUUGGACCAGGCCCAAUGCAACAGCAUGGAUUUUCAAGGAAUAUGAAUUGGUCUAUUAUUGAUUCUGAAAAUGUAGAAGGAAAUCCUGUUGUUACGCUGGAGCUGAAGGAUAGUCCUUACAGUCGUUCCAUGUGGGAUUACAGCUUUCAAGCAUUAUACAAGGUCACUCUGCAGAUGAAAAAUCUUUCAACAGAAUUGACAAUUACAAAUACAGACAAGAGGCCAUUUUCAUUCAACGCGGCCUUACAUACUUAUUUUCGUGACUGGGCGUCGACUCAUGGUUGCUCGAAGCUAUCACUGGUUCCAACUCUUUUGGUGCCUCAGGCUUCUGUAAAUGGGGCAGCUGUGAGAGGUCUGAGAGGCUGCAAAACAUUGAACAAAGAUCCAGAUCCUAAGAAUCCACUAGAGGGUAAGGAAGAAAGGGAUGUGAUCACUUUUCCUGGAUUUGUUGAUUGCAUUUACCUUGAUGCUCCUAAUGAGUUGCAUCUUGAUAAUGGAUUGGGUGAUGUAAUAUCUCUCAGGAAUACAAACUGGUCAGAUGCUGUUUUGUGGAAUCCAUACCUGCUGAUGGAAGCAUUCUACAAAGAUUUUGUAUGUGUUGAAAAUGCCAAGAUUGGAAAAGUCCAGCUGGAGCCUGAACAAUCUUGGACAGCCACGCAGCAUCUUAGCACUGCCUGAGGUUUAGCCGUGGCCAACUUUCCGAGUUUGUAGAAGUAAUCAUGACUAAUUUCAAUUUUGCUUUUGUUUCUCGAAUAUAUAUUUUUAUUUUUCUUUUAAAUGGUUUACUGGCACGAAUGAGGCACUCUUGCUAGUCCAAUGUUCUCCAAAACAUUGUUUCAUGUUAAUGUGUGUUUGGUUGACAUAUUGAUAUCCAUAUUUUAUUAUGUAUUCCAGGAUAAGUGGGUAAUGCAAUUUCUUGUACUCUUUUUCUCUCA